AAUGGGCGAGCGGGUGUCCCUGCACGGGCGGUGCCUCGCGCUGCAGCUCCUUCGCUCGCGCCCUCCACCCUCGCGGCCGCCGCCCCGCCCGCCCGCCUCCUGCACGGGCGGCUGGUGCAGCUCCUUCAUCACGCCCACGUCGCCCUUGUCUUCGCCCACGACCUCGGGCAGCGAGACGCCCACCAACCCCACUGGAGCUGCCGGAGGCCCCGACGAAGCAGCCAAGGGCGCCGCGCAUGCGCAGGGCGCCCGCGAACUCGCCAGCUCUCAGGACGGCUUCCUGCUCUUCCAGGCGUGGCAGGCGGCCAACAGCGUAUGCGUGUGGGAUGGGCGUUUGGUGCAGGCUGUGGGCGCCGUCGUGUACGUGGGCGCGCUCGUGGGCGGAGUUCUGCUCGUGGGCGGCCAAGGCGAGGACCUGGACGUCAUCAGCCACGCGUGGGCACGCUCGCUCCUCGUCCCGCCCGGAUUCACUCUCGCGCAGCUGGGUGAAGUCUCCGGGUGCCACAUGACGACGGUGCCCCAGAGCCAGUUCACGCCCCUGGGCGACGCCCUCUGCUGGGUGAUCCACCGGCUGCGGGAGACUGCGGGCGUGGCGGAGGCGGAGGCGGUGCGGGCGAGCCUCAGCGCCCACUUCCCGAGCCUGGUGCUGCCCGACGCCGAGCUGGUGCACGCCGCCCUCUCCACGCUCAUCCGCCAGCGGAAGGUCUACCACAACGGCGCCACCUACGGCAUCGUGCAGCCGCUCGACGCCUUCUACCAGCCGCUCGUGCACGCUCCCGCCGACCGCCUGCUGCCCCGGGACGCGCCCGCCGCGCCCGCUGCCGACGAGGCCCCCCGCGACGGCCUCUGCCACGCCGCCGUGCAGACGGACCUCGCCGAGCUCAUCACGGGCUCGGCCGGGCCGCGCGACGCCGUCCUGCGCCCGUCCAAGGGCGUGUCUGGCUCCGGCACCGGAAAGCCGCCCCUGGAGUGCCAGGUGUCCCUUCGGGGUCUGAGCGGGCGUCGAGGCCACCCGCGCACGGCGUCCCUCAGACUCUCUCCCACCCGAGCCGCCCACCUUGCCUCCGCCCUGGCCGCCCACAGUGACUGCCGGGAGCAGCCCUCCGCCCGCAUCCCUGUCUACGCCGCGGACGACCUCUCCGAUGUCACCGUCAGAGGAGAACGUGGGUCUAUGCUGAGUAAGCUGCUGAGGGUGUCUCCCCGCAACCGCCUGGCCUCCUUCUCUGCUCAGUUCCCUCCCCCUGCCUGGUCUGACCCUGCCCCCCCUGCCACCACCACGCACCUGCACUGUGUAGCCACCCAGACCACAUCUCAAAAGCCCCAGGUUGAGCAGUGGUGGAUGGCGACCCCGAGCUGGUCGCCGAGGUCGUCCACCCUUCCACGCAGACUCCAGCGGCCGCGGUCCUCCACUCCGCCCACCUCGAGGAACUCCUCGACGCCUCCGCUCCUCCCCAAUAACUUCCAGUACAUGAGGGAGUCCUCCAACCCCAUGGCGUCCUCGCUUCCCCUCUCCUUGGUCAGCACAACGCCCGCCCUUCUCUCCGAGGAGGAGCUGGUCCUGCACGCCUCGCCUGGCCACCGUCCGGCCCCGCACAGGUCCCCCAUCCACCAUCCCUCACCGCACUCCUCGCCAGGCCACCGCUCCUCGCACGGGUCCCCAGCCCACCGCUCCUCACACCAUUCGUCCCACAGCUCGCCCAGCCACCGCCCGCAGCCCCAGGGCACUCCUGCUCAUCACCAGCAUAUCCUAAAGGAGUUCGUGGAGGACCAUCCACCUGGAUUGUCGCCCUCAAGCAGGAAUCCAGAGAGCAGGGCCAACCUGAAAAAUCACAAGCACAGAUCUCCCGCGCGUGCCGUCGGCGAGUGCAAGACGCCUCCAAUCCCUGUGACGGACAAUCGGCUGAGCUACAGGGACCUCGAGUCGUCACCGGGCAGAUCGAGGAAGGACCAAGGCGCGAGGAAGGCUGCGCAGGACGGCGAAUGGGCGAGGAAAGAGGCAAAGGAAUCGGCAAUCAAACAGUGCAAGGAAGGCCAUAACAAGAAGUCUGGGGAAACGAAGGCAAGAAAGAGCGGGAAGGAACAGCAAGACCGCGCGGCCGACGGUGAGAGUAGUCACCAGGAGAAGAGGAGGCACCAGCAUGGAAACAAGGGGAGGCACCAGAAGGAGUGCUUUCACUCGCAGGAGAUGCAGCGCAAGAGACAGGAGAACAUCCAGAAUGAGGAAAACCAAGUGAGGCAAGUGGCAGCGGCGCUCAGAAAAGAGAACAGUGCCAAUAGUAUACGAGGGGAGGCCGAGGGGGAGGAGCCACAGCCUUCCACAUCGCCGAAUCAGAGAGAAAGCAAGUUCAAUGCAUCAGCCAGAGAUGCUGAUCUCAGCACUCCGAAACCAGAUAAGAAGCCGGAGGCGGAUGCGGAACGGGAGGGGGAGAAAAAGGACUGUGGGAGAUACGACCGAUCUGCACUGCAGCUGGACUUGCCUCACUCCCAUAUGAAUAAUUCGCGCAAGGUGAACGCAUCGCCGCAGCGGCCAGAGGGACUGAAGAAUAAUGUUCUCCACCACAACAACAGCCUGGCCAACAUCAGCAAAGGCUCGUGCAGUGAUCUGACAGCGCGGAACUUGGGCUACACCGAAGUGGACAAGUGCCACAAAAAGCUAUGCUCACAAACCCUCGACCAGCUCAGCCAGCACGCGCCGGCAGACAAGACGCCGGCCUCUUCGCCCGGCGAGACGCGUCCAGGGAAGCUCGACAACAUCAUCUCCACCGAAGGCAAGGAACCGGACCCGAAGGCGCGCGAGGACGACACCAACAAGACCAACAGCAGCAGCAGCCCCGACGCAGAGAACGUGUCGGUGAAGACGUACCCAAGUCUGUCUGAACUCAACUUCAACUUCGGUUCCCUGGCGGCGCAGAGGAUCCUGUGCGGCGCGAGCGUGAACAGCCUGGACACCCUGGUGGAGGUGAACCUAGCGGCCGAGAAGCGCAAAUUGCAGCGGAAACACAGCUCCCCCGCGACGCCCGUCACCAACACUGACCUAGGAUUCGUCUAAGCAAAUGCUCACUCGCUCUCUUUGUUUGUAAAUAAAUAUAUAUAUACAAGUGUAAGUUAAGAUAUGUAAAGUUUAUGACUGACUGUUGUGAAUAUCUAUGCUUGCUAUUUAGGCACUAAUUAUUUUUUAUCCAGUAACAGUACAAGCUAGACUAGUCGUGUAAAUAACAGGUGCUCUUACUGGGAGCCACAGAGAUACAAGAUUGUUGCUCUCUAGCAUGUGAUCUCGUCAGGCAGAAACAGAUUAAUACAUUUCCAUCAACUAAUGA